AUGGGACGAGUGUUCAGCGUGGUGUCUGAUGCACUGUUGAUGCUGCGGAGCUGUCUGAUAAACCCUGCUGCCAGUGUUCACAGACUGGGCAAAAAACCCCUGCAGCCUGGAGAUAGGUGGGAACCUCUGAGCCCCCAGGGCCUCACUCUGAGCCAAGGAACUCCAGAGUGGGAGUCCAGGAGCCUGGAUCUUAUGGAGGCCUGGGUGCCCCAUGAUGUGGACAGCUGUGAGAAGUUGACUGAAUUGCAAGAGCGACUUCCUCACCAAGUACCUGAGCCUGAGCCAGGUGCUGCGGGACCUGCCCAGCGGCCCCUGUGCAUACCCGCUGGCGGCCGUGUCCAGUGCAUGAGCCUGCAGGACGAGCGCCAGCGCCGCAGCUUCCGGUGGAAGGAUGCCAGCGGCCCGCGAGAGCGCCUGGACGUGCACCAGCCCACGGCGCGACACUUCUGCCUGCGCUCCCUGCUGUCGGGGCAGAGCAGCACCCUGGCGGCCCAGCACUGCUGUUAGACGCACAGCCGGCUGCUGACGCGAGGCAAGGGCGCCGGCGCGCCUGACCUGGUCAGCACCGACUUCUCACCUGAGCUGCCCUUCAAGGUGGACACGCUGCCGUGGAUCCUGUGUAAGGGGGACUGGAGCCGCUACCACGCCUUGUGGCCCCCCAACAACGGCGGGGCCUGCGCUGACAACCCUCCGGAAGAGGAGUACCUGGCCCGGUUGCAGGAGGCCAAGGAGUAUGAAGCGCUGGGGCACUUGCUUGCAGGCCCAUCCUGCGCACACCUGGCCUCCCCGGAGUGUGGUGCCUCCGACCCCGGCCUGUGA